GCACUAGCGACACCAUAACAAACGCUUCAAUGAGCGGGUGCAUGUAAACACCGUGUACGAUCGGCUUGUGCGCUCGAAUUAAAUACCCAACUUCACUUCUUACGUCCCGUCUUGGAUAAUUAGCAACACAUUUCGGAUAAACCAAGCUUGGAACAUCCCAUCUUGUCCAGAACUGAUUUACUAUGGGGUGCAGCACAUCAUCGCCAGCCAGCCACGCCCCUCCGACCCAAGGGUAUCCGAAGCAACCCCACAGACCCGUCGCCAACGUCCCACCACAGCAGCAACAGCAGCAACAACAACAGACGCAGACACACGACCCUAAAAUUUUGGCUGCACAGCAAGAGGAAGAGCGCCGUCGUCUUGAACAGCAGCAACAACAAGCAGCAUUCCAACAACAACAACAACAACAACAACAACAACAACAACAACAGCAGCAGCAGCAGCAGCAAGAACAACAACAACAACAGGCUAACUCUAAAGAGGACAUUAUGGCUAUGUUCAGGAAAUAUAUCGACCUGGAGAAAAGGAUCCGGGAACACGAGUCCAGGAACUCUGUGGGCACUUUCCAGAUAAAGCGGGACCAACUGGUAGAUAUCAAGGUCACUGUAGAGCAGAUGGAGAAACACUACACAGAGGCUUGUCAGAAAGUGGAGAAGGAGAAGGCUGAUGUGGACAACAUGAACCAACCUAGCGUUAAGGCGAUCAUGGACCAGACCACGUUCGAUGCCAAAAUGUCCAAGGAACAGGAGGAGUAUCUGGAGGCCGUCAACGAGCAGGAGGUCGCCCAGAAGCAGCUGGAGGGGAUCAGGUUCCAGGCGGCGACACUGGAGAAGGAGGUGCAGCAGCUGGAGAAGGAUGUCCAGGGUAUCAACGGACUGUACGGAGAGCAGGACGACCUUCUGGAGAAGAUGUUCAAUGGGGCGUACGGCAGUGACAAGGAGAACGUCCUGGAGAAGGAGGUGGACCAGCUGGACGACCGCACGAGGAGGAUCCAGGUGGCGCAGUACAAGUGGAAGAACGGCCAGGUCCUUCUGCAGCAUGCUUGUAACCAGAUGGCCUUCGCUGUCCGCAGGUGGACGGAGGUGCCCAAGAUACCUGUAAACGACCAAAAUGGCAACAAGAAGAAAUACGACAUGGUGACGGAAUGCCGGAACAACCUCAUCGCCGCCACCCAGAACAUCGAGAACGCUCAGCGCUACCUCAGCAACAUCAAGUUCCCCUACUGCGACCAGCAAGAAAUGCAGACGAUGAAGCGAGCCUACGUCAACAUCUACGUCGACAUGAUGUCGCACGAUCGUCACGAACAUGCGUAUCAGUGCUACAGUACGACCCACAAGCGAGCGGCGGCCCUGCUGCAGUGGUUUGAGAGUGUUAUUAAGAACACGAUAAAUAGAGAUCUUGAAGUGACGCGGAAACAGCUGAAUGCUAAACGCUCCGACCUGCGUCGGGAACGUCUUCGACUCAUAAAAGACAUGGUCGGUAACCAGAUGGGAGACCAACUCACUGAAGGAGAUUUGCAAGAGCUGGAAGGCAUAGAGAGUGAUCUGCAGAUGCUGGACGACGGCCCUGAACCCGAGCUACAGACAGCCGUCAGUCAACCUGAUGAGGUGGUCGGCGGGGACAAGGACAAUCUUGGCGUUGCGACUGACCAGGCUCCACCUCCCACCCCUCUGCCACUGAAUGAACUCGCCCCUCUUCCAUCUGAAGAUGAACUGUUCGGUAACAUCACUGAGCUGAAGAAACAGCACGAGCAGGAGAUGACGGAGUUCACAAAGGCUCAACAGACGAACAAAGCCCGGAUGGAACAGGGUUUGCAGGAAAAGUUGCAGGCCCGCAGGAGUCGCCGCAGGCGGUUGGAGGCCCAGCAUGAACAAGAGGAGAACUAAAAAAGACUAGCCGUUGACAAAUCAUUGACAUAUUCACAUUUGUUUAAUCUUGAUGUGGUAGUCCUGUGAUAAAACCAAGACGAAACGGGUUUCCACUUUUAGUGGGAUGCAGUUUAAGGUUUGAAUAAUGGAAGACAACAAGUACCCUAUAACCAGUGUGUGUCUGUCCUCUCUGAGUCCCCGUGUAGUAAUUCCUUCUGGGCUAAUGCCUUGGCAAUUGAGACGUCUCGUUGGGGCACGGGUUGCCCAGUCGUCUAAGGCGCCGCGAUUCGCUGUGCAGAGUUGCGUCCCUUGGGCACGCCAGAAACCUAUGGUUGUGGGUUCGAAUCCUGGUUCGCCCCGAUUAU